CUGACGUCUGGUUUGCAGCUUUGAUUCUGAGCGUUAGAGCAAAGAGUAAAACACGUCUGCGAGCUAUCGUGAGUUCCUGGACGAGGCGAAAGUGGGCAGAUCUACCUUGUCGGCGAGGCUAGAGGAUGGUCCACUCGUUCGGCAAGCGCGCGCGUACGCGCGACAAGUACUCGAAGGCCUUCCGCAGCAAGGGGAACCCCUCGGUGUCGCGGUACCUGCAGAACAUCAAGAAGGGCGAGUAUGUGGACAUCGUGUGCGACGCCUCGGUCCAGAAGGGGAUGCCUUUCUCCUACUACCACGGCAAGACGGGCAUCGUCUUCAACGUGACGCAGCACUCGGUGGGCGUGCAGGUCAAGAAGCGCGUGCGCAACCGGGAGAUCUGGAAGCGGCUGCACGUGCGCAUCGAGCACGUGCGCAAGUCGAGGUGCCAGGAGGACUUCCUGCGUCGCGUCAAGGACAACGACAAGGCGCACCACGAGGCCAAGGAGAGGGGCGAGAAGGCCAUCACCAAACGCACACCCGAGCAGCCGGGAGGGGGCGAGAAGGUCAUCACCGACGAAGUCCGCGUGCUCGAGCCGCUCACCUUCGUCGAAAACUACUGAGGCGCGAGGCGACUGACUGAGUG